UCUCUUCUCAAACUGUUUUCCUGCAAGAGAAAACAGAAUUAAUCAUGUGUACACCAUGGACAAUGACCAGGUUUAUUAGAUGGCGACUCAGGGACUGGGUAUCUUGUUUCUUGCCCUGCAAAUUUCCUCUGGAUGAUGACCCAGGUAGAGUUUGCACUUCAUCGCCUCAGCCACCUAUCAAGAACAUGGUUUUUGAUAUCAAGAAGGAUGAGAUGAAAGGCAAAAGGGCUAGCAAGAAAUUGUUAUGGCGAAAUAGAUAUAGAAACGAGAAACAAGUUAACCAUGAUGUAACACUGGAUAGAAACACUGUUUCAAUGGAAAAUAAGAGCAAUGAUUCAGGCUGGCCACAUUUUCAAGAUGAGGACUAUAUAGUUUUCUGCUUUAAAGAAGAUGGUGCCUUUGAUGUUGUUAAAGAUGGCAAGCUAGAAGCUUUGGAGCUCUUUGAUUCUGGGAACAGAAGUCCAAGGCCUGUCGUUAGAAAGCUUAAUUAUGGUGAGGUUGCAGAGACAUGCGAGAAGAGCAGCCAUGGGAAAACUUCAAAUGCACAGGGCAUCGGACAAGGGCUCAAUCCUGUUGAAGAGGACGAGGAAGAACAGAACACUUACUUGGACAUAGAGUCACAUUCGGUUGCCAGCGCCAGGGGCCAUAAAUUUGAAGUAAUGGAAAAGCAUGGGAUCAGAAAGCAGUCUGUCGAAUCGAGCGACUCCAAUCAAUCAGAAAGCAGCACAGGGUCUUUUUCUUUUCCGAUAUUGCACUGGGAGCUGAUGGGCAGUCCUGCACAAAUGCCAAAAUCAGAGGGCCUCUACAUAAGGAAGCACAAACUAACUUGUGCUCGUUUUCAGUGUUGGAGAUUCUAAUCUGAAAAUUUCCGUG